GCUAAUCUACUAGAUUGACUCUGAUUAUUUCAAAUCCUAGAGAAAUGGAGAGCCAAGAACAGCAACCCAAGUCAAGAGUUGUGAAGGUUGAUUCAGUAGAAUCAUGGGGUUUCUAUGUCACUCAAGCAACCGAUCAAGGCUGUCCUAUUGUUGUGCACUUUACUGCUUCAUGGUGUAUGCCCUCCGUGGCAAUGAACCCGAUUUUCGAGGAAAUAGCUUCGGCUUAUCCAGAUGCCUUGUUUCUGACUGUCGACGUUGAUGAUGUUAAGGCUAUAGCUGGUAAAAUGGAAGUGAAGGCGAUGCCGACAUUUGUGCUGAUGAAAAAUGGUGCUCAAGUAGACAAGGUAGUGGGGGCCAAUCCGGAGGAGAUAAGGAAAAGGAUCGAUAGUUUCGUCCAGUCCUUUCGUGCAUAUGUAGCCUAGUUUUAUAUGAACAUCCUGAAAUUGUAAAUUAUGUGUUUACUAUCCGUUGUGGAGCAACACUUUAAACAGAUUUGGUCAUUGGUGUUCAUGGUUUGUGAGUGAGUUCUGCAUUUAAUAAUGCAAAUGUUUAUAUAUCCUGUUUUACUUCCUGGAUCCAAAUUUGUCAUUCACUUCUAACUUAUUUUAUUUAGAUAAUUCUUAUUUUA